GAUCUGUACUGUUCUGUUUCUGCCCUCACGCCGCAGGCAGCUGAGCACCUCGCGGGCAGCCCCGAAACCACCCACUGGCAGUAGUUGAGAGAGCGGCUCUGCAGUCCGACCAUCACUUUAUAAAACCACAGCUCUGCAGAAACUGCCCUUGUCACCCUUCAGUUGCAUCCCUGCCCAUGAGUACAGCAUCGGGAUGAGCCGAAACUCUCUGUAUGGCCGGAGUGGGGAAGGAUACACUCCAGAGCUGACAAUUUACUGGUUCAUCAGUGAAACAACAUUACAUUAUGAAGAUGUAAGGAAAAAAUCCUACGCUAACGUUGUUGCAGUUUGAAAGGCUUCUCUGCAGAAUGUCAAACAAAGAUCGACACAUUGAUUCCAGCUGUUCGUCCUUCAUCAAGACGGAACCCUCCAGCCCGGCCUCCCUGACGGACAGCGUCAACCACCACAGCCCAGGUGGCUCUUCAGACGCCAGCGGGAGCUACAGUUCAACCAUGAAUGGCCAUCAGAACGGACUUGACUCGCCACCUCUCUACCCUUCUGCUCCUAUCCUAGGAGGUAGUGGGCCUGUCCGGAAACUGUACGAUGACUGCUCCAGCACCAUUGUUGAAGACCCCCAGACCAAGUGCGAAUACAUGCUCAACUCGAUGCCCAAGAGACUGUGUUUAGUGUGCGGUGACAUUGCAUCUGGGUACCACUACGGGGUAGCAUCCUGUGAAGCCUGCAAGGCAUUCUUCAAGAGGACGAUUCAAGGUAAUAUAGAAUAUAGCUGCCCUGCCACGAAUGAAUGUGAAAUCACAAAGCGCAGACGUAAAUCCUGCCAGGCUUGCCGCUUCAUGAAGUGUUUAAAAGUGGGCAUGCUCAAAGAAGGAGUGCGUCUUGACAGAGUACGUGGAGGUCGGCAGAAGUACAAGCGCAGAAUAGAUGCGGAGAACAGCCCAUACCUGAACCCUCAGUUGGUUCAGCCAGCCAAAAAGCCAUAUAACAAGAUUGUCUCACAUUUAUUGGUGGCUGAACCGGAGAAGAUCUAUGCCAUGCCUGACCCUACUGUUCCCGACAGUGACAUCAAAGCCCUCACUACACUGUGCGACUUGGCCGAUCGAGAAUUGGUGGUUAUCAUUGGAUGGGCAAAGCAUAUUCCAGGCUUCUCCACGCUGUCCCUGGCGGACCAGAUGAGCCUUCUGCAGAGCGCUUGGAUGGAAAUUUUGAUCCUUGGUGUCGUGUACCGAUCUCUUUCCUUUGAGGAUGAACUUGUCUAUGCAGACGAUUAUAUAAUGGAUGAAGACCAGUCCAAAUUAGCAGGCCUUCUUGACCUAAAUAAUGCUAUCCUGCAGCUGGUAAAGAAAUACAAGAGCAUGAAGCUUGAGAAAGAAGAAUUUGUCACCCUCAAAGCAAUCGCCCUUGCUAAUUCAGACUCCAUGCACAUAGAAGAUGUCGAAGCCGUUCAGAAGCUUCAGGAUGUCUUACAUGAGGCCUUGCAGGAUUACGAGGCCGGCCAGCACAUGGAGGACCCUCGCAGGGCUGGCAAGAUGCUGAUGACACUGCCGCUCCUCAGGCAGACCUCUACCAAGGCCGUGCAGCAUUUCUACAACAUCAAACUGGAAGGCAAAGUCCCCAUGCACAAACUUUUUUUGGAAAUGCUGGAGGCCAAGGUCUGACUAAAAGCUUCCCCGGGCAUCCUAUCCUGCACGCCGAAAAAGGGAAAAAUAAACCCAAGAGUGAUGUCAAAAAAAAACUUAGAGUUUAGUUAACAACAUCAAAAAUCAAGUAAGACUGCACUGAUCAUUUAGCAGCAAGACUAUGAAGCAGCUUUCAGAUUCCUCUGUAUCCUCCUGAUGAGUUUUUUUCUACCUUAAUCUCAUCUUUUCUCCGUUUCUUUUGCUCUUUUUUUUUUUUCUCCCGCC